AUGUCCAGCUCUGUCCUGACUUGUGGGUCCACUUUAGAAAAGUCAGGAGACUCCUGGGGAAAUAAGGCAAUGGCCUCCUCCAGUCUCAUUGCUCCGUGGCCACCAGAGACCCUGGGAUCCACUUAACAUCCCAACAAAUCCUCACCAUGCCAGAGACUGGGCGGUUGGCCGGGAGCAGCCUUUGCGAUCCCAGAGCUGACAUUCCACAGCGCUGUGCACCAAAGCAAGGCCUGUCAGUGAUAUUUAAAAGCAUCUCUCUCUCUUGACAUCAGAAUCAAUCUUCUGGGAAGAUCCCCCUCAUCUCCACCUUCCCUGAUACAACUGAACAGAUUCCAGAAAGACACAGUUGGCAAGUUAUUCCACUUCCCACCUUGCUUUCUUGGUCAGGAAGAUGGGGAUACUAAGAGGGCAUGUGCCACAGGACAGUUUUAGAUAAUACAUGAGGAUGUCAGUGUAGAGCCCAAUAGCACAAGGCACGGCCUUUCACAUCAACUGGCAUUUACUGAGCACUGGUACGUCAGUUCCUUUUCCACAGAAUACUCCAACAUAUGUGCACACACGCUGCCAUAA